AUGAUGGUGACGGUCCGCUACACCGACGCGCGCAACGACUACGUCAUGGAGUUCAAGCUGCUGCACGCCCGCAAGAACGGCUCCCGGCAGAACUGCCGCCUCACCUGGGAGCGCUACGAGUUCACGUCGCUGAGGGUCCCCCAGGAGAGAGCGCCAGCUUCGACCUCCGCAGGGAGCAGCACUACUCGCCCUACGCCUUCGCCCGGGUGCGGGCCCUGGAGCACCUGCUGUGAGGAGGCCGCUCCAGCACGGAGAGGGCGCGGCCGAGGUGUGCCGAGUGCAGCCGAGGGUGGCCCCUCGGUCAGGCGCUGGGGACUGCGAGGGCCUUACGGCCGCAGCUCACAAGCUCGACGACAAUCGUGCCCCCAGAUCUCUUCUGCGCAGACUUCCUACGUGCCAGUAGGAUGA